CCUCAGUCUAACCAUAUAGUCAACAUGCCUCGUCAACGCCGUGGUGCCGCUCCUACCCCUGCGCGCAGCGCUCCCACUCGUCCUACUGCCGCUCCCGCCCAGCCGGCUCACUCGCCAUACGGCCAGCAGCACCAGCCUCACUCAACCGCUGCCCACCCUCCCACUGCCACCCAGGCUCCUGCAGCUCCUGCUCCCGUCCAGCAAAGCUCUGGCCCUGGUCUUUUCGGGCAGAUGGCUUCCACAGCUGCUGGUGUAGCAGUCGGUUCCUCCAUCGGCCACGCCAUCGGUGGUCUCUUCUCCGGCGGCGGCUCUAGCGCCCCUGCCGAGGCUCAGCAGGCUCCCCCUGCUCAGGCUCAGCCCAUGGACAACGGUCUAUGGCAAGGUAGCGCGACUAACAGCUCUUGGGAGAACCCUGCCUGCGCUACGGACGUUCAGAACUUCCGCAAGUGCAUGGAUGAGAACCAGGGCAACAUGUCUAUUUGCGGGUGGUACCUUGACCAGCUGAAAGCUUGCCAGGCUGCUGCUAAGCCUUACUAAGCGGACUUCUUUUCGUCCAUUCGAACAUCUAGGUGGCUUGUUUCAUAGCCUAACUUUUACCUGGAAUCAACACGAUACUGUUUGCAUAGCGGCAUAUUCAUGAUCCAAUGUAUACUAUAAUUUCUGUUAAGAAGUCGACUAUCUGGGCUGUCAAGGAUGUUGGACACUACAAUCUACUUCUGGAGCCCUAGGUAGACACAG